CUCUGAUAGUCACAUGUCUUUUUAAAAUAUAUAAUCAAGACAGACAAGUAACUCAGACGUCGCAUGUGACAAGGUAGAAGCAGUGGGUCAGUGAAGGAGAAGUCCAGUUCAGUGCAUCAGAACCAGGUAUGAAGAGAGCGAGUCGUGUCUCUUCCAGUGGCCGUGACAACCCAAGUCUGGAGCUCAGUGAUGCAGUGUCCAGCCAGUCGGUGCAACAACAUACCGCUUCCCGUACCUCUGUAAUUUCAGCCUCGAUGGCGCGCUCGGUUAGUCAGUGGGCUUCAUAUGCUCGAGGUCGCUGGAAACGGGCUACUCUUAAAUGCAUGAGGAGAAAAUUCUCAGGGGAAUCUGUAAGCAGCAAGUACAAGGGCCUUGCGUGGGAGGAAGAUGCUGUAGAUGGAGUUCCCAAAGAGCACCAAUUGAACAAACGCCUUCUAGAUCACUUCAGGAUGUUGGCUGCUAAUAACGAAGACACAGAUGAGGUCGAUCUGCAGUACCUGAACGAAAUCCUUCGAGAUGGAGCCGAUCCCAAUUCACCAGACAAGUAUGGACAGACAGCACUUCAUGAGAUCUCUCGAGCCUGGAAUGUAGAUGUGAUGAGGUUCUUCUUAGAGAGAGGAGCUGAUAUCCGCAGACCUGAUGUGUUUGGGGUUACACCUCUACACGUGGCCGCAGCUUUGGACUAUGAAGAUAUGAUUCACUUUCUUCUAGAAAGAGGAGCUGACAUUGAGGCCUGCACAUAUAAAGACAUGCAAACUCCAUUACACUUUGCUGCUAAGAACGACGCUACUGAGGCGAUUCAGAUUCUGCUGCAGAAUGGAGCAGAUAUUGCUGCACACGACUACAAACAAAGAACUCCACUACAGCUUGCUGCCAACCUAGAUCGCAGUGAAGCUGCACGCACACUGUUGGAGCUGGGGGCGGAUGCUGGGGUUCAGGACGCUGAUGGACAGCUGUGCAUCACUGCCAUGAUCGGCAAGAUGACGUCUGUGGCCAAUCUGGCACUGAAUCAGUUUCAUGUGAAGGACCGAAUGACACGCCAGCAGUUCUUCUACCUUCAUUUGCUGGAGCCAGAGCGAGCACAGAUGAAAAGAUCACAAGGGAAAACCAGAAGUGAGCCAACAUCGCCGCUAGAGUUCAUUGUUCAUCAAGGGAAACUAGAUCUCAUUAUGCAUCCUGUAGUGUUAAAGCUCAUUUCAGUCAAAUGGAACCUGUAUGGCAGACUUGGAACAUGGAUUCUUCUGCUGCUCAAUUUUCUAUUUAUCUUUUCCUGGACCACGGUGGCCAUAUCUGUGUCCGUGUCUCCAGAGGAGAGCAAACGCUAUGUUUUCCCUCAGGACUGGUGGCGUGUGUUCGUGGUGAUGAUAGCCCUAGGGUUGACAGUGCUGGAGGUGUACAGGGAGGUGAUGGAGAUUCUGCGCUCGGUUAGAAAGCUAAAAGACUGGCAGAAGUGGUGUGAACAGAGGCUCAAUGACGAUUUGGCUUGCACACACCCCAUGUGGCCAGAGGAACGAUGCUACUUUGAGGGUCAGAUUAAGUUCAUUCGCAACAUGAAGGGAAGCUACAUGCAAGACCCCUGGAAUAUAUUUGAUUGGCUUGUGUACGCAUUGCUGAUAGCAGUUUUGGGUCUUCAUUUGGCUGAUGUUUACCUGGUCUCUCAGACACUACGAAUGAAUAGCCUGCGCAUUUUUGCUGUGGCCGUCAUCUUCCUCUGGCUCAGGCUGAUGAAGCAUGUCAGAGCAUUUAGGGUUAUUGGUCCCUUCAUUGUCAUGUUGGGGAAGAUAGUGGGUGAUGUGCUGCGCUUUCUCUUCUUAUAUGCAGAGAUCUAUGUCCCAUAUGCCUGUGCUUUCUGGAUUAUAUUUGGAGGCUCAACAGCUGUACCUAGCAUGCAAACAGUGCCACAGAUGCUCUACAGUCUGUACCGUAUAACCCUGGUGGAUGAGUAUGAGUUUGAUGCCAUGGUGGCUGUGGACACUGUUAUGGCUUACUUGCUCUGUGGUACGUUUCUGGCCCUGUCUGCUGUUCUGUGUGUCAACCUAAUGAUUGCUCUUCUCUCAGACACAUUUCAAAGAGUAUAUGAGAAUGCCCUGGCGAACGCAGUGAUGCAGCAGGCUUCCAUCAUCCUGCAGGUAGAAGAAUCCAUGACUCACCUGCGCCAUUUCUAUGACAAACAGUACAUCCACACUUCUUGUGCCCCGCUCAGAGAGUUUUACGACUAUGACAUCAUAACAAAUCCAGAUCACCAUGAAGAGAUGAAGAAACUAACAGCAGAGAUUAAGGAUACUCUGGAUGAAUACUUGUCCAUACAAAAAGAGGCCAAUCUACUGAACCCAGCUGAAACAAACAAAGGUACCAAAUCUCCCAGAUGGAAUAGUUUUUCAUCUCAACAAGAACAUCUCAACAGUCUAAUGCGACUGGAGAAAGUCCAACAGCAGCAGAUUCAGGAUCUGCAAGACCUAAGGGAAGAUGUAAAGAUUCUCCAGGGAUUAGUGCUACAGCUGAUUCAGUCAAAUCCUACAUCAUCUGCCGACAUGCCAAGUUCAUCUUCAGCAGUGCUUCCAUAGGGUGGAAUGAGCCAUGUUUUAGUGUUUUUGAAGUUGAACAAGAAGCAAUCCAUUUGAAACAUAACAAGCAUGUGUUAACUAUAACAAACUCUCAGCUACAUGUGGGUAAUUUGUAUAUAUUCGGUAUGCUGGCUACAUUAUUUACAUAGCCGGAUUCACUGGAUUUAAUUUGAGAUCACAGAUAAGUGCUAAUAUGAAAGCUCUCAUGUAAACCCAAGACUACCUGUAGGAGGUGGUGUGAGUUCAUCUGUGCUGGAAAUAUGCCGCGAAUACUUUAAACAUAAAAACUCAUGCUCAGGUCUGCACUUAAUAAAGUAAAGUAGCCUGUGCAUGUGUUUUAGCUGAUGACGAGAUCAUCAUUAGUUUCCACAAAACACAUGUAUCACAAGAGAAGAUGAGAAGACACCGAAGAUGUGUGGUGACCAGAUGUGCAUAAUAGCACCAAAAUAAUAAUAAUGAUUAAAUAAAUAAAUAAAUAAAUUGUGGUGUAAGAUGAAUGCAAAUCCACUGGGGUUCAAUAAAAUCGAGUGAAACCAGACCAGUGCUGCUGGGACAAUCGCACUCUGAUUUGGACCUCAGCAAAUGUGUCCAGUCUGAAAACAAACUUAAUCAUAAUAUUCAACAAACAUGUACCAGCUUAAACUAUGUAUUGGUUUUCGUCCUUGACCAACACAGUUUUACAGUAUGGUCAAUAAAUUAGUAUAUCAGACUUCUUGUAUGCAAUUUGUUUUAUACAAUUUAAUAUUGCAUUUUCUAAAUGAAAUAAAACAGAUCAAGAAAAAGUGCAAAAGAUGAAGCAGGAUGUGGGAAGUGGUGGAGACUAUGAUGGAGGCUGGUAAGUGUAAGCCAAAAACUCAUUGUGGGCUGAAAUUUGGUUUUGGUGAGGAAAUGGCACUCAGACUGUGGCACAGCAUGAAACUAAUAUCUUGGCAAUGGUGCAACCUUCAAAUGCAUUUUAUGUCACAAAGAGUGCAGCGACAUCUGCCAUAUGCUCUCUAUCUAUCAAGCUGACACCGUUUUAUCCAAGAGUGUGGAAAUACAGUGAUUACUUUGCUUGUGCUUAACAGACCUGUAUCUGUAAAAAUAUG